AAUUUUAGUAAUUCCCAGUACUUACAAACAGGAUUGCAUGAAUAAAGUAUUAUGUUAUCUUAAAUAUUCAGCGCCCACCCUGUUUAUCGCCCUCUAGGUUUCCAGAAAAAAAUGUUAGUAGCAGUUGCAGGACGGGGGCAUUUCGAAGUUACACAGCUGCUUCCUGUACUUUAUCCUGGGCAAAGGUGAAAGGUGUCAUGAGGCGUACUGAUAGACCUGGGGGGGAAGGAAUAACAGCUACAACACUGACAUAUGUCCAUUUGUCGGUGAACGACUGACAAGAAACUGAUGCAUCGGUGUAGCGGAAUGAAGCGGAAGCGCGUCCCGAUCCGUGGGUACUGCGGGCUUUGAUCGCGCGCUAUCCACUCGCGCCGCCCGUCUUCUUUCACUUCUCGCCCCUUGCGCUAGCUCGUGCGCCAACUCUUCUGGGAAGGCGGCGUAACUUUCGUUUCUGGCGGAGCGAACACGGAAGAGCCGGAGAGCGGCCGGCUGCCUGGCCGCUGCCGGAGCACCGGGGGACGGGGGCAUUCGGCGGCUCACCAGCACUGCAAUGCUUUCGCCUCAGCGCAAGGGCUCGCCUUAAGUUUUUAAUGGGAGGCGGCCUGAGUAGUGCUGAAGCCAGCGGACUAUUCUUACGACGAAGGCGGAGGUGCCGGCGACCGGGCGGGCCGGAAUGGAUUCGCUGGCCGGCUAUGUGUACAAGGCGGCCAGCGAGGGCCGGGUCCUGACGCUGGCCGCCCUGCUGCUGAACCACUCGGAGGCUGAGACCCGGUACCUGCUCAGCUACGUGACCCAGCACGCAGGCCAGCGCUCCACGCCGCUCAUCAUCGCCGCUCGCAACGGCCACGCAAAGGUGGUCAGGCUGCUCCUGGACCACUAUGGGGUGGAUACGGAGCAAACUGGCACCGUCAGAUUCGACGGGUAUGUGAUAGAUGGUGCCACAGCCCUGUGGUGUGCAGCAGGGGCCGGUCACUUUGAGGUGGUCCACCUCCUGGUUUUACACAACGCCAACGUGAACCAUACGACGGUCACCAAGUCCACACCCCUGCGGGCCGCCUGCUUCGAUGGGCGGCUGGCCAUCGUGCGUUACCUAGUGGACCACCAUGCCGACAUCAGCAUCGCCAACAAGUACGACAACACCUGCCUGAUGAUCGCUGCCUACAAGGGCCAUGCGGACGUAGUCCGCUUCUUGCUGGAGCGGGGGGCCGACCCAAACGCCAGGGCCCACUGCGGGGCCACGGCUCUGCACUUCGCUGCGGAGGCCGGCCACCUGGACAUCGUAAAGGAGCUCGUGAGCUACCAGGCUGCCAUGGUGGUCAACGGCCACGGCAUGACUCCGCUGAAGGUCGCCGCCGAAAGUUGCAAGGCCGAUGUGGUGGAGCUGCUGCUCUCCCACGCCGACUGCGACCCCGAGAGCCGCAUUGAGGCCCUGGAGCUGCUGGGCGCCUCCUUCGCCAAUGACCGCGAGAACUAUGAUAUCCUCAAGACGUACCACUACCUGUACCUUGCCAUGCUGGAGCGUCACCGGGAUUCGUCCCGUGUCAUCCCCAAGGAGGUACUGCCACCCAUCGAGGCGUACGGGAGGCGCAGGGAAUGCCAGACCCCGCAAGAGCUGGAGACCAUCAGGCAGGACCGUGAUGCCCUGCACAUGGAGGGGCUGAUUGUGCGCGAGAGGAUCUUGGGCUCGGACAACAUCGACGUCUCACACCCCAUCAUCUACCGCGGCGCCGUUUACGCCGACAACAUGGAGUUCGACCAGUGCAUCCGCCUGUGGCUACAUGCGUUGCACCUGCGGCAGAAGGGCAACCGCAACACCCACAAGGACCUGCUGCGCUUUGCCCAGGUCUUCUCUCAGAUGAUCCACCUGAAUGAGCCGGUGAAGGCGCGCGACGUGGAACUAGUGCUGCGCUGCAGUGUGCUGGAGAUCGAGCGUAGCAUGGCCCGGCUGGAGACCUCGCAGGACCCCGACGUGCCCUCGGCCGUCGACAACUAUGAGUCCAACAUCUUCACCUUCCUAUACCUGGUGUGCAUCUCCACCAAGACGCAGUGCAGCGAUGAGGAGCGGGCACGCAUCAACAAGCAGAUCUACAACCUUAUCCAACUGGACCCGCGCUCACGGGACGGCUCGUCGCUGCUGCACCUGGCCAUCAGCUCCAGCACGCCUGUGGAUGACUUCCACACCAACGAUGUGUGCAGCUUUCCCAGCGCGCAGGUCACCAAGCUGCUGCUGGACUGCGGGGCGCAGGUAAACGCUGUGGACCAGGAGGGCAACAGCCCCCUGCACAUCAUCGUGCAAUACAACCGGCCCAUCAGUGACUUCCUCACGCUGCACGCCAUCAUCAUCAGCCUGGUGGAGGCCGGGGCGCACACUGACAUGACCAACAAGCAGAAGAAGACCCCGCUGGACAAGAGCACCACGGGUGUCUCAGAGAUCCUCCUCAAAACUCAGAUGAAGAUCAGCCUGAAGUGCCUGGCAGCGCGUGCUGUGCAGCAACACCGCAUCAGCUACCGCAACCAAAUCCCAAAAACCCUGGAGGAGUUUGUGGAGUUUCACUGAUGGAGAACUAACUCUUUUUAAACUUAAUUCAAAUGGUGCUGGGGCUGAUAAUAUUUUAUCAAAAUCUGCAUUGUUGAAUAACAUGCUUUAUUUUAUGAUGGAUUGGGGGGGGGGGUUUGUUCUUAUUGAACCAAGUACCAGGUCUCUCUAAUACCAUGAUCUCAGCGAUGCCACAUUUUUACAUACCAAGAAGGUGAGUAACGUCACUCUGUGGAUGGUUGUUUACCGGUGAAACCUAACAGCUCACCUCUGAGUGGGUGUAAACGUCACAUUGGGUGUUAACAAAAUCCAAACAAGUGCUCAGACAGUCACCCUGCUUCCAGUCCGUGCAAAGCAAAGGCCUUGUGUGAUGAAUUUUAAUAUGAAUGUUUUUUUCUACAUUGCUUUGCAGAAAUACUGUUGCUUAUUAAAACUGUGCGGCUUGGCUUGAAAAUAGAAUUGUGCUAUUCAGGGCUGAUUUGUUUUGGUUAGUUUGGGUUAAUUUAGGUGAGGACAAGCCUGUGUAAUGGCCAGCCCCACACAAGGGGUGGGUGUGUGUGUGUGUGUGUGUGUGUGUGUGUGUGUGUGUGUGUGUGUGAGUGUGAAUAUAGGCAGUUCAGCCUACAUGGGAGAGGAUGCUUGUAUUUUGAAAGAAAAUCUCUGUAAUCUCUCAAAAAAAGAAAAAAACGAAUGUACUGAUCCACACCCCAUGUCACGUUUCUGUCGACACAUUCUCCUUUUGGUAAAUAAUUUUCAGUGGUUGCAAAGGUUGAAUCUAUGGUAUUUCUGUUAAUUCUGGUACUUGUUUUUUUUUUAUAUUUUAAUUAUGAAAUGUUUGGUUGCCAUGUUUCUCAAGACUGGUCUUCUUGAAUACAGAGCACAGCUGUCUUUAUGCUCAUUCGAUGGAAACACAGAUCUUUGUAUACAUCUAGAUUGCACUUUAUUCUUGUUUUUUUUGGUAACCUGAAUAUAUAUAUAUAUAUUUAAGAUUGAAAGGUAUUUUGAUUCAAAUUUGUAAAACCCUAGCAGGAAGACCUCCCAAAGCUAAGAUUCAUCCACUUUCAUACUGCUUGUUCACCUCACUUCUUAAGGUUGUCUGAUUAUGAUUUGAAAACACACCUGAAUAUUCUCUGAAAAAUGGAUUCAUGUUAUGCUUUAACAUGGAAAAACUGAAAUGGCAGACGUUUAGGUUACAGCCGUGCCGCAGAAGUCUGGUUCUGUGUCAUCAGAGACGCUGUGUGCAUUGGGGCCCCCUGCACAGGAGCCACAAGGGAUGGGGGGGGCUGGGGGCAUAGCUUGGCAAUUCUUGUCACAAUAAGCACCGAAUUCACAGGCCCCUCCUGGUGACCAGGACCCAAACCCGUGGGCUUUCAACUCCGGCUCGACUCGUAUUUAUUCUCAUUUUGUAACUUGGGCUGUGGUGUUUUUUUUCACAGGUCGUUACCAGAAAUUAAAAGAUGGAAAGAUAAA